UAUUCAAUCAACACUCCAAUCAACAGCCAAGAAUAUCUCCAUAUCAACAUCAACAUGUCCGACUCCAUCCCCUCCGCCCACGCCCACACCGACCCCUCCCCCUCCUCCGGCCAUCCCCAUCCCCACGCCCAACCCCCCACCAACGCCGAAGACCGCAAAGCCGCGGCCGCGCUGUCUUCCCUACACACGACCCAAAUCGCCACAGACUCCCGCUCCGACUCCACGCCGAAACCGCCCUCCGCGGCGGACCAGGAAGCCCUCGGGAAGGCGAUGAGUCGGUUGGAGAUUGCGGCUGGGCAGAAGCCGACGGCGACAGCAGCGGCAACAGUGGAAAUGGCACACGCGCAGGCGCAGGCACAUAGGAAGGGGGAUGGCGAGGCGGAUGGCGAGGGAGGGAAGAGGAGGGGUGCUAGUGGUGCGAAGAUUGCGGUGGAGGAUGUGAAUCUUUUGGUCAACGAGCUGGAUCUGAGCAAGGUGCGCGCGACGGAGCUGUUAAGGAGACACGAUGGGGAUGCGGUGUUGGCCAUUCGGGCGUUUGUGGCUGCUGGAUGGGGAUGAGUGAGAUGUU